UCAACAGUUGACAGCAAUUUAAAUAAUCGUAAAGAUACGGUUGAAAAAUCGCGAGUGUAUCUUUUCAACUAUCGCUGGCGAUUGAGAACUUAUUGCAGUAACGCUAAAAUGCAAAAUUCUGACAACAGAGAAGAAAAUUCACAGAAAGAAAUUGGUUUUAUUACCCCUUUUCAAAAUAUGAGCCUGAACCAAAGCUUAAACGACAGUACCUUCGAAAACGCCUUAUCUGCAUCCCAAUUCACAUACCACAGCUUAAUGGAGGAAUGUACACACGGAAAAGAAGCUAAAUCAAGCUUACUGACAUCUGGAAAACCUAAUACUUUUAUGUCGAGCAGCACACACUCAAUACCGAGUCUUGUAAAUUCAGGUAACACAAUGCUGCCCUUUGACCAUAUUUGGAUAGCUCAACUUUGUACCUGGCUUCACGCCCGAGGGCUUCAGCAUUACGGUGCGACUUUUCCAAAUCUCUUCACCAUUGAAGUCUUCCACUGUCCACGAAGUAAAUUCGUUGAAGAAUGCGGACACAUUGACGGUCCUCACAUUUAUGACGCUAUUCAAUUGCUAUAUUGGAUCCACAGAAACAGUUUUGGACAUCUUUGGCAUCAGCUUUCUGGAUUUUCCUUCCAAGAUAUUACUUCUUUUUCUAAAAAAGACCUAACAUCUAUUUGCGGUCGCAACGAUGGGCUUCGUUUGUACUAUGCAUUGAAAGUAAAACUCACCAUUUACUGCGCUUUGGAAAACAAUGAGAAUGAGCAUUACGUUUGGAAAGUUAUAUCCCUGAGAAAAGUAACUGUUGAAGAACUGAUAAAGCAACUUACUGCUAAAUUUGAUUUGCCACAGAAUCAGAUUCAAUCGACAAAACUUAUAGAAACUCUUGGAAUUCACAUUGUACUAGACGAUGAUUUGUUGAGCCGAUUUAAAAACGGCACUGAAUAUGUCAUUCAACUAGUUCCAGGUCAAAAAUCUGGAUUUUCUGAACUACGUUUCAAGCCAUACUGUGGAUAGGUAUAUAAUUAGUUAAGUAUUACCCACAAAUGAUGUGAGAAGCAAAUUUGUGAUUAUUAUGAACAAAGUAGGUCUAUAGAGUUUAUAUAUUUUAAUAUUACAACACUUGUUUAUUUAUACUUAAAACAGCACUCGUUAAAUAAAGUUACAUAAGAAAAGUAUACCACAUUAAUUAAUAUUUUCAACUUCUCGCUUUAAAAAUCAAUGAUUUUCAUCAAUUAGGAAGUUAUUGGUUUCGACCGAAUUUUUAAAAAUGGAAUUCUUAUCCUCAUCACGUUUUGAGAUUUUAGGAAGUAGUUCUAACUGUUUUCACCAUGAAUAUUACUAUGUGUGUAACCCUUGUAACUUUUGAAAAAUUUGAGCGAUCAUAAUGCGGUGUACGGUAUUCAGAAGAGUUCUAUUGGUAUUAAAUUUCAUGUAAGUUUGAAUUAAUUAAAAAAAAAAAAAAAAUGUUAUUUCGAGAUAACUUUAAACUAGAGUAUCGAUCGAUUCCAAAAUCUUAUCGGCUCUUAAUCUAAAAAAAAAGUUCGAUUAUAGCAAACUGCAUCAAAAUUGGUAAAUUCGUUCAAAAAAUAUCACUGUAAAAAAAUUAAAAA